AAAGACCCAAAGAAGGGCAGGAUUGUGGCUGCCGGAGCAUCAUCACCCCUUUUGUAAUGGCUCUGGCUUCCUUCCUUUCUGCUGCAGGACAAAAGGAGAAGCAUCAGGGAGUGUCACCAACAGAGAGACAGACAGAGGGACAGACAGAGGGACCCCAGCCUUUGCCAGAAGAAGAGGCUCAAGAUCCAUCCGGCCUGCUCCUUGCAAGGGCUGCCCGUUUCACAGACUACAUUGGCAGGAGGAAGAGAUGAUGGGUCUCCACAGCAGCCGGCAGGGCUCACUGAAGGCCCUCCUUCUCACAGGUUUCAUCCUAAGCUGUGUCUUGCAGCUGGUGCCAGCGCAGCGCAGACUAUCUGUGAUGGUUGAGCCAUCAAACCCUAAGGUGGGUCAGAACAUCACGUUGACCCUGUGGGGAUCCCCCAGCUCGUUUGUGCAGUGCCAGUGGUCCCGAGAGACCCGGUCAGGGGGCUCAGGCACCAUCGCCACGUACUCCCCCCAGUCUCGGGACCAGCAGAGGCAAGGCAGUGCAUACAGUGGGCGGGAGACAGUGUAUCGCAACUGCUCCCUGCAUAUCACGCGAUUGACACAGCUGGAUACGGGAAAUUACACCGUGGAGAUAGAGGAGGCUCCAGUACAGCAACCAGACCAAGAGCAAGAUACUGAAGGGAAAGUCCACAGAGCUUCAGUUUACUUACAGGUCUCUGAUUACAUUCCCAUUCAAGUAACCAGCAAGCCACUGCGCCCAAGUCUCAAUCAAGAAGUCACCCUGACGCCUCAGAAUGUCCCAGCACAAUUUGAUUUGUGCAGGUGGAUCAUACAAACCCAUACCAACACUCGAGAAAAAGUCCUCCUUUACAUCCCAAGGCAAACGGUCCAGCAGAGCUCACCCCAAGAGAGGAAAACUGUGCGGGAGGAUUGCUCCUUGCACAUCGCACUGCUCGCCGCUUCUGACACUGGCAACUACACGGUCCAGAUAGAGGUUCCUGUUAACCGGCAGCAAGAACCAUGGAAGGAGAUUGUAACUCAAAAGCCUGAAAGAAGAGACAGUCAGGUGUACAUGGGCCACAUUUAUUUAAAGCCCCUCCAACAAUCUGAUAAGGAGCCCCACAAAGGCGGAUCUGCCUCUUUGAGCUACAGUGCAGGAGUUAUCGCUGGAGCCUUGUUUGGAUCGCUGGCCUGGGCAGGCACCCUGAGGAGCCUCUUCUCUGAGCUCUUCUGCUCUUUUGUGUCGCUGCGACCCAAGGUCCUUCCAUGAACACUGAAUCUGGCGGUACUUGCCUCACUUUUCCCUGUCUCCUCAUCUAUAGACAAGAGACUCGUGACAGCCUGAAAGGCCUCGCCACAUCAUUCCGUGGAGUCCGAAGCAGCGGAUCAAGAGAAAUCCUAAAUCUGGGGCUUUCUAUAUAAAACUCUAUUUCUGUUCAUACAAAAACGUAAAGAUUUCUAACAAUUACAGAGUUGUAUAUAGUGUUAGUCCUACUCAGGGUAGACCCACUGAAAUUGAAAUUAAUGAACCUCAGUUCAUCCUGUCUAUUAGUGGGUCUACCCUGAGUAGGAUUAAUGCUGGAUUAGUUACUGUAAACCGCCCAGAGAGCUUCAGCUAUGGGUUGGUAUAUAAAUACAAUAAAUAAAUACAUAAAAUAAACACACAGGAUGCACAAGUUAUAAAAAUUCAAAAGCAUAAAUCAUGCCAUGUUUGAAGCAUAUAGCUUGUUUCAGGGCAUUUUUUUAAGGAAUUGUUACUGGGUGUCCAUUUUUUCAUUCAGAUAGCUUGCACGUGGAAGCCUCUCUACCAUGUGCAAGCCUUGACUGAAGCGAAAGUGGUUCAGAAUAAUAACAUUAAAAAACAAGGAGUGAACACAGCUUUUCAUAUGCAUUUGCACAAGUUACAAGCCUAGCAAAAUUCUUAUUGGCCUGCCCACCCACCAGCAAAUACAUGAAUUCCAAACCAAAUUUAAAUUUAAAAACUGCUGCUUAUGAACCACGCCCUGCUGCACCAGAAUUCUUGCCAAAAGAAGCGCAAGGAUAGGGAGAACCAGACAUCACAGUGUACAGGAAAGAGAUUUUGCUAACAAGUUUUUCAGGAAGACUGGUGGUUUGUAAUAACCCUAAGAAUUAUUGUGUGAAGUGCCCCUAUGCCUCUUUCUGUUCAAUUUCACUAAAUUUUCAUACAUCUAGACAGUGUUUCAAUGGCUUCCAAUCUGAAUUUGUGUUCUUAGUUCAUUGAUUAAAUUUUAUGUGUCCAUUUGUGUUCCCUGGGUGUCCAAAAGCUAGGACUGGGUGUACAUUUUGACACACAAUUAUUGCUUAAAAAUGCCUUGGCUUGUUUUCCAAUAAUAGAUAGAUGUUACCCAGCUUUGAACAAAAUUUUUAGAAGUCCAGUGCUGUCUUUGCUGCAUCCUGAUAGUUUUUGAAAAUAAAGUGCUUUUUUGCCACAUUAAACCUAUU